AUAGACUAGAGCUAUUCCAAAGACCUAUUCACAAUUUUGCAAUCAAUAUUGAAUUUUUUUGAAAUUUGAUUCAAUAAAUUCUGAAUCUUUCAGCAAAGUAUUUUUGGCCUUUCAAACCUUUUCCACAUCACUUUUACUCGUGACAUUCAUUACGUUAUCGAAAACUACCUUAUAUCAUUAAAAUGGGAAAUGAUAAUUCAAUUCCGAUGGAACUGUGUUCAAACUCUCGUGUUAACUGCAUUGAUUUUAAAGUGGAGAACUUCGACGCGGACGAGAUCCGGCGGCUGGGGAAGCGGUUCCGCAAGCUGGACCUGGACAACUCGGGCGCGCUCUCCAUCGACGAGUUCAUGUCGCUGCCCGAGCUACAGCAGAACCCGCUGGUGCAACGCGUCAUCGACAUCUUCGACGCGGACGGCAACGGUGAGGUGGACUUUAAGGAGUUCAUCCAGGGCGUGUCUCAGUUCAGCGUGAAGGGCGACAAGCUAUCCAAGCUGCGGUUCGCGUUCCGAAUCUACGACAUGGACAACGACGGUUUCAUAUCCAACGGAGAGCUGUUCCAGGUGUUGAAGAUGAUGGUCGGCAACAACCUGAAGGACACGCAGCUGCAGCAGAUAGUGGACAAGACGAUCCUGUUCGCCGACAAGGACGAGGACGGCAAGAUCUCGUUCGAGGAGUUCUGCAACGUGGUGGGCAACACCGACAUCCACAAGAAGAUGGUGGUGGACGUGUAGACGACCCGCUCGCCCAGCCUCGCUCGCUCAGUUACCUCUUCUAUAUCAAUUGAUACCAUGUUCCGAGUCUGGCCGCGAGCGAGCCGCCCACUCACUUAUAGUUCCACCCGUCACUAACACUCACAAGUUACAUUACAGAGCUCGUUUUCAAAAUAACACUACACUCAAUAUCCUACCAAAAUCGGGAAGUGCCCUUUGGCACUAGAUCUUUCAUAUUCACCAUAAUCGAAAGUGCCGUACGGCACACUACGCCCUGACCAAGAACCCUCAUUUUGUUUAUAUGAUAGUUUAUUUUGCAUGGUCUUAAAGCUUGUUUCAAUAGCUUUCUUAUACAUUAUCUCAUAUCAUCCUAAUUAUAAGCAGUCUAUUAAUACACCGGCCGCUGCGCGCGCGCCAAAUUCGCGCCGAUCUAUGACAUACCGCGGCGCGGGGGCACUUGCCGCUCACGGAAGGAUAUUUGUGUAUGUGGCAACGUGUAGGUUCCGUAGUAGAGGCAACGGCGUUACUUAACAUAAUAUAAUAUAAGAAGAAGUUAUAGAUCCUGUGUUACUGUACACAAGUUAUUUGCAAAGAGAUAAAUAUUAUAUUAAAUAUUAGUCAACCAUUUUUAUGAUUUGUUGUGGUAAUAUUAAUUUGUAUUGUUAUUUAGUGUUUUAUAUUUAUUUUUUAAGGUGUCGGCCUGCAUUCAGUAGAUUAUGGUAGAUAUAGUGAUGAGGGUAGAAUAUCAAGUCAUCAUUUUGUAGUUUAUUGGAGUGAAACAGUACAAUUUAACGUACAAAAUAUGUAAGGGGCCUUCUACUAACUUAAAAUAUGUUACUUUGUAUGGUGCCGGUCGCCGGGCGCGGCUGAUGUUUGUUGCUCUGUCACACUCUCUAUUCCUCUCCUCGAAAUUUCACCAUAGUAACAGUAAUAACAUUUUCAUUAUUAAUAAUUACAGAGAGAGUAGUUAUUGAUGAAGGUAAUGCUUGAGUAACAGACUAGAGUUGUACUUCAGUGAGGGAUCUUACGAUUGUAAUGUGGUGACAGAUCAUCAUCACAUGCCAGCAUUGUCUGUCAAGCUGUCAGGAACCGGCUCUAAGACAGCUCGAUUCCACCUCUUUAAAUCACCAAUAUUAUCAAGGUGCAAUUAUCUUUCAAAUAUGUAUAUUCAAUUUUAUGUCACUUAUGAAAGUCAAAAUUUAAGAAAUUAAUGGGCGCUAGAAACAGUGAUUUAUGGUGUAUUAUCAUGGAAUGUGGCUGCGGAUGCACCAAGUGCCUAGUCCUAGUGUCAGUAGAGGGUAGUGUGUUGCUGCAUGUCACAUUUAACAAUUUAUAAUUUCCAUAACUUAUUAAUAUUAAUAUUUACAAAUUAUAGUCAUUUUACAGUUUCUAUUCUUAACAUUUUACAGGUUUUAACUAUAAUAUUUGUGUCCUCAGGUCCUCAACUCCCUCCCGCAGAUCAAGUGAGUCCUUCCCUCCCCACCACUGUCCCAGGGCAGUCUGUGCCCACUCCUGCCCCUCUCAUACAUUUGUAUAUUUCUGUAAUUAAAAUAUUGCAGACACUACAAAACAGUUUACUCUCGAGAUGAAUUUCUGGUUUUAUUAGUUUUAAGUACAGAAUGAGUAUUUUAUAGUUUUCAAUCACUUCCAUUUUAUUAUAAAGUUUUAUUUGUCUUUGAAAAUUACAAAAACAUAGUAAUAGUUAUAAUCUUAACAAAUAAAAAGUUUUAUCACAGUUAAUAUUAUAAGUUGUAUCUUGUCAGUGUUUUAGAUAUUUGCUAAAUAAUGUCACACACAGUAAUAUAAUUGACUGGUUGCUCAGUAGCAGUAACCAAGGCAGUUCUGGUCUGACACCCUGCAGAGCUAGUUAAAAUGAUGCACUAAAUUAAUUGUCUAGUCACUUAAGUAAUUAAUGACUGUGCGGUCUUAAUGAUUUUUUAAUUUUGUCUGUAUUUCCUUACAACAUACAUGAUGCAUAAUUAUCUGCCAAGGUGCCGGUACAACAUGUGCUAAAGUGCCACAUGCCACACUUGUCUGCUUAAAUAAACUUUUAUAGUUGUCAGCGAACAUCCUAGUGUGCAUGCAAUAGUUAAAAGUGCCAUUAACUGUAUUUACAAAAAGCAUUUUAUAAGAGUAAAAAAAAACUUUUACAAAGUACACUUAUGUAUUGAUUGAUCAUAUUCAAUAGUUACUUACUGUACUUGUGUCUGUAUCCAAAUCCGUUAUAGUGGAGCCACCUAGUGGGGCUCUCACACAAUAAGCAGACGAUGUGCCUUCUAUGAGUGUCCUGUGCUGUGAAUGUUACUAAACAAAGCAAUACAGUACAUUUGUUCAAUGUGUAGUGGUGUUGUGUCUAUGUUGUAUGUCUUGUAAUAUAUAUUCAUGAUAUAAUGUUGUGCUCGGUUGUUUAAUAAGCUGACAAUAGUUGUACGGACAUCAGCAUAACAUCCUUCAAAAAUUUCUUAUGAAUGUGCCAUCAACCCGAUGAGUAGUGUUUGGCUUGAGGUUUGCUAUUAUAUAUAAUACUAUAUAAGCUAAUGUUUACCUUACUUCAGUAAAAGUUAAACUAAUCUUGUCUUCUCAUAAAACCAAAUAUUGUGUAGUGGUAAAUUAGUCAUAAACAGUACAUUCAGUGGUUGUCACCUCACAAGUGAUGGAUAUUAUGUUAGAUGUAGUCUGAUGUUGUGAGUUAAGAACUUCAAUACACCACCUGCUCACUUGUAUUGUCAUCAUGUAUGUUUGUCUCUUCACAAUACAACUGGAACUGAUUAUAAAAUUUUCGAAUUUCA